UGCGCGCUGCCACUCGCGCGCUAUCAGGAGAUCGAAAACAAGUUUCACACGUUUUUUAAAGCCGUUAUGAAGACAUCAACCGGAUGAAAGGUAACCCAGUUUCUAUUUCAUAUACGCCGUGGCCACAAAACACCGACACCGAGCCGAUAGAAGUUCUUCUGGCUGCUCUCCUCCCUUUUACGAAGCAGCGAACGGAAACUGAAACUCGCAGCAGCUUUGAAGCAGCUUUGGUGUGAAGUGACUCCUUAAGCUGCAUUGGGCAACUGUCACCGAGAGACAUUUGAGCCCGUUGUACCUGCAUCCAGCAGGAGAUGGCGCUGCCGAGCCAGAAGCCCAACGAGCCACUUGGUGACGAAAUCUUGCAGGAUUGGGAGAAUAUUGGCUCUGGAGGAUUUGGUGACGUCUACAAGGCCAGGCACAAGGACUGGGGCUUUGAUGUGGCCAUUAAGUUACUUCAUAGGGGUGUUUGCCCCUCCGCGUCUCUGUGGAUUGAGGCUGAGGUCAUGACUAGGGCCUCCUGUGACUGUGUGCUGCGACUUUAUGGAACCUAUAAGGGAUUUCCGCCUAUUGAAGGAGACCCCGUGCAACGGAGACGAGGGGGGGAACCCAUGCAAGAGGGACUAGUGAUGGCGUUCAUGGAAAGAGGAUCUCUUCAGUCCCUGUUUGAUAAGCUCCAUGACCCUCUACUGUGGCCUCUGGUCUGCCGCUUGGCCCAUCAAGUGGCUGUAGGCAUGAACUUCCUCCAUCAACAGGACCUCAUGCAUGGAGACCUAAAGCCAUGUAACGUACUGCUGGAUGAUCAUUUUAACGCCAAGCUAGCAGACUUUGGUCUGUCCAGAGUGUCCACCAGUUGCAUGUCCACCAGUUGCAUGCCCACCGAAGAAAAAACAGGCUACCUCCAAGGUACCUACAAGUACAUGCCUCCUGAGGCUUUUGAUUCAUCGUACCAUCCUGUCCGGGCUUUCGACAUCUACAGCUACGGUAUCCUGCUCUGGUCCAUCCUCAGUGGCAAAGAGCCUUAUCCAUGCAAUAAUCCUGAGCUUGUGAUCGAAAGUGUCCGUGGCGGGCAAAGACCUCCCACCCCUAAGAAAAUUGACAAAGAAGGGUGGAACGAGCUGGUGAAUCUCAUGGAGCAGUGCUGGGAUAACGACCCCUCCAAGAGGCCCAAAUUUAAAGAUUCCCUUGAAACCACUGAGGCGGUGUUUUCACAGAACAGGGAUGGAAUUCCUGAUGCGGUCUGUCAAGUCGAAAAAGCCUUCAGAGGAGUGGCAACCACCAGUAAUCAACUAAGCACGAGAGGGAAAAAAAAACCUUUUAUCGAACGGACAGAGUCAAAUGAUGAGGUCGAUUUCAAAAUCAGGGAUCCCAUCAAGGUUUCUACUCGAGAAAUGAGUUGCCCAGAUAAAGUGAAGUUCGUUGACGAGUACAGGCCAAAUCUGAUUAGAAACGUUACCAAGGUAAUGGAAAUAACAGAUCUGCUUGGAGAAAUGGUCCACGACGAAGCCCGCGCAUCGAUGGCUGCUGCAGAAACAAGCUACAUAAGGAUGAGAAAGCUUUACAGCUCGUUACAUUCAGGAGGAGACAAGGUCAAAGCAGCCUUCUACGACGCUCUCGCACAGCUUCAUCCCGAACUAGUGUAGAGGCCCGGUAGGAUUUCCUGCUGCUAAAGUGACGAUAAGUUAUGAAUUGUUAAAUCUCAUUUUUAAAUCUCCCUUUCUUUUCAAUCAGGCGGCUAAUUCUCAAGAAACAGAGCUUUUCUACAGGUAUCAAAGACUUUCCUCGCGCCUCAUUCUACACUUGAGACAAUAUGUAUUUUAUUAAUUUGAUUAACGUUAUAUAUACUUGUUUUUUCUACACUUGAUGAUGAUGAUAGUGUAGUAUUCAUAAUCAUGGGAGAAAUGUUUCAUGUCACAGAUAAUAAGGAGCUAUGAUGACCAACAAUCUAAUGAGUUUGGCAGAUAAGCCUUCAUAGAUCAUAGGGGGAAAAAUUAUAUAAGAGGGUUGCAGCUUUCCUGAUUUUCAAUUCAAGAUGAAAUCAUAGGAUUUGUGGUGGUGAAUAUAUAUCUUGUAUGUGUUGUAAUUUUCUGUUUUACAGUGUUUAUUUUCAGAUAUUUGAUUUUCUGUUUCCUGUUCUCAUGUUGUACUAUUGUCAGAUACAAGACGCUACUCUAUAUGAACUGUCCCAACCAACCAAACAAAUAAAGACCUAUUUCACUUCAUAAAAACAUA